GCACAACAAAAACAACACACAACAUAAACACAGUACAACUUUCAUCAAUCAUUAUCGUUUCAUCUUGUGUUCAUCACCAUGCUGAUGUCUUCACGAGGCUUCAUAGCUUAUCUCGUAUCUGCUUUCUCUUGUGCUGUUCUGUCUGCGCUUUUUCUCACCAACCAUUUUCAUCAUGGUCAAAAUUCACCUUUGCUAGCCUCCAGUUUGUCUGGAACUCUUCGAGUUUGGCCUGAUUUGCAGCCAAGUUGGAGACUUGUGUUGGCGACGGUUAUUGGGUUUGUUGGAUCAGCAUGUGGAACCGUUGGUGGGGUUGGAGGAGGAGGCAUUUUCGUUCCUAUGUUAAAUCUGCUUCUUGGCUUUGAUACUAAAUCUGCUGCUGCUCUUUCUAAAUGUAUGAUUAUGGGGGCAUCGGCAUCAUCGGUUUGGUUCAAUGUGAGAGUGCCUCAUCCAACGAAAGAGGUGCCCAUAUUAGACUAUGAUCUGGCGCUUCUGUUUCAGCCUAUGCUCAUGCUUGGAAUCACAGUUGGUGUUGCUCUCAGUGUUGUCUUCCCUUACUGGCUUAUUACUGUUCUUAUCAUCAUUCUAUUCAUAGGAACUUCUUCAAGGUCUUUCUUCAAAGGAAUCGGGAUGUGGAGGGAAGAGACUAUUUACAAGAGAGAAAAGACCAAGCAACGAGCGACUCUGAUUAAUUCCCACGAUGAAGAUAAGACAGUUAGAAUCGACACAAAAUGUGAGCCUUUGAUUCCUAGAGAAGAGAAGUCAACUGUGGAAAUUUUAUGUCUGAACCUUAGGUGGAAGAGGAUUCUGGUACUGGUUCUGGUUUGGGCUGGUUUCCUACUAGUUCAAAUCAUCAAGAAUGAUGUGGAGAGCUGCAGUAUAUGGUAUUGGGUGCUUUUUGGCUUGCAGUUUCCAAUUGCACUGUUGUUGUUUGGCUAUGAAGCAGUGAAGUUGUACAAGGAGCACAAAAGGAGGAUGAGCACAGGGAACUCUGAAUGCAUAUGUGGAGCUUCUAUAGAAUGGACUGCUGUGAACCUUGCAUUCUGUGCAUUAUGUGGCAUUGUUGGGGGAGUUGUUGGAGGCCUACUUGGUUCUGGAGGUGGAUUUUUUUUGGGCCCUCUUCUUCUAGAGAUUGGUGUCAUUCCUCAGGUUGCCAGUGCAACAGCAACAUUUGUGAUGAUGUUUUCCUCAUCUCUGUCUGUGGUUGAAUUCUACUUGCUCAAGAGGUUUCCCAUUCCUUAUGCAUUAUACCUCACCUCAGUUUCUAUUUUGGCUGGCUUCUGGGGCCAGUUUUUUGUGAGAAGAAUUGUUGCAUUUCUUGGAAGAGCAUCAAUCAUUGUAUUCAUCCUCUCUGGUGUCAUUUUUGCCAGUGCUCUCACUAUGGGUGUCGUUGGCAUUGAGAGCAGCAUUGAAAUGAUAAACAACCACGAGUUCAUGGGAUUCUUGGGAUUCUGUUCCAGCCAGUGAUAUAUCUUAUAUUAUCUUAGACUGCAUGAGAAAUAGAAAAAUAAAAUUUGGUGUGAAUGAAAAUGAAGUGUGAAGAACAAUGGCACUAACAAAUGUUGGUCAAUGCCUGGUUGACCACCAUGAACGUCAGUGUCGAUAAUAAAUAAGGCUUGUGAGAAUAAAUUUGUGGAUGAGUGUUAGCUCCUCGCUAACACGUAUAUCACAGUGGUUUCAGAUUUCUUAAAUUUGUGUAAAGAAAAAAGAAACAAUGGAAAUUAUAUCACUUUGUUUUAUA